GAGAGAGAGAGAGAGAGAACCAAGCAGCCAUUUUGUACUUAAAACAACAUUAAUCCAACAUUAAAUCAACUAAAUAACAACAAAUAUUUAGAGAGCCGAGUGUCCUUCCAUGGUUUUUGUCCUCCCUCUCCGUCUGCUGUUGUGGGUCUCUGUCUUUCAGCUUGUUUUAGAGAAACAGGAAGUAGUAAAAAAAAAAAAAAAAAAAGCAAAACAAGGAAGUGCAGGCAGUGUGAGUAGCAACAGAAGGCUGAGAUCAUCAUGUAUUGUGUUACAGCUUUGUGAAAACAGGGCAGUCAGAAAGAAUAGAAGUAAAAUUAACAAAACAAAGGGGGAAAGAGAGAAAAUCAUCAGCAGCAUCACAGCGGAUCAUACGUCUGCAGCACAGAGACAAAGGAGACGGUGUCCACUUCAGAAAGACAGAGGCUUCCACCCAGAAACUCCCUAUCGCCGUGUUAGCGUCUCCCCCUGACGGUCAUGGACGCCUCAGGAGGAAACAGGAGCUGUCUGAAGGAGGAGGACCUGCCGCAGAUGGACGGCACAUGCGAUGCGUGUGAACCGGACGAGCCUCAGCCAGCGGUGUGGGUUUGCACUCGCUGUCGCUUCGCCUUCUGCAGCAGCCAUGCAGACCGGCAUACCCUGAGCACUGGUCACCCACUGCAGGCGUACUGCACCCCCGAGCCUCAGCCGGAGUGUGUGUGCCCGCCGCCCGACAGCGCAGCACAGGGAGCCUCCGCACCGCAUGAGCUUCAGAGCCACACCGGAGCCGGCAAAAGAGAAACUGUGACCGUAGAGAGGCUGAAAUGUAAAGAACACGAUCAGGAGGGUUCGCUCUACUGUAAACAAGACCAGCGGGUCAUCUGUGUGGUGUGUGCUGUGCAGGGAGAUCACAGAGAACAUGAGAUUAUCACUCUCAGAGAGGCCUACCUGUGGCAGAAGAGCAGAGAAGGCAUCGAUCUGCUGGAGCGCACGCAGGAGAUAUCAGACAGGAUCAAGAACAAGUGGAUCAGCCCAGACAUGGGUGUGGAAGAGCUGGAGCGGUUUGUGAACGAUCAGUUUGACGAGCUGCACCGGCUGGUUCGGCUGGAGGAGUGGCGUGUCCUACACCUGGUGGAUCUGAAGGAGGCUUUCCUCACUGCCCAGGCCGCCGAGAAGAUCUCUGAGAUCAGUGUCCACACGGAGAAGCUUCAGGAGGAGAUGGACUCCAUCACACAGCAGCUGAGCGACCUGGAUCAGAUGGAGCAGGACGGGGUCGCGUCGAUGUCCCUCGCCCCGCUGUUGGCCAACGGACCAGCACCAGCACCGGCACCUGAAGCUCUGCUGGAGCCCAGACCACUGAUUCCUGAUUUGAGACUAAGAGCAGCCAAUCAUAGGAGGGAUGUGGAAGAUCCUUCAGGAGAUGAAGAGAGAGGAGAUGCAUAUAUUGGACAUACACCCUAAAACUAAUGGCCAUUCCAUCGCCUUCUCUGGCUUUCUCCCUUCAUUCCAAACUUAUCGGGAUAAAAAACUAUGACUAUCGCUGAAUGUAACUGUGCUGAUCAUAUUUCUUUAGUUUUAACCGCUUAUUUCAAAAUAGUUUAGUCUUGAACCAAUUUCUUUCUUUU